AGAAAAAGAGGAAAAGUUUGAGGGAAGAAGAGCGAAGCUACUCCUGAUUCGAUUGUUUACCAUCAGUCACACGAUUCCUUGCCAGGGACUGGAUGAUUAUUAGGCUGAAGAAGCUGAAAGGGGGCAGGAAAAGAACUGGAGGCAGCAUUCUUCCUAUUUAAAGCUGCAUCACUUGAGGGGGGAAAAGUGUUUGCAGGCUGCGCAAGAGCCAGAGCUGGUUAAAAAGAAAAGGCAAGCGAGAGAGGAGCUUGCAGACUUUCCGUGUGUCCUGUGGGAGUGCUAAAAGAAAAGAGCUGCCUUAUGAUGUCCAUAUGAUCUUCUUUUGUACACUUUUUGUUUUGCACUUUUCCUCCGAGGAGGAUAUACAUGUCUAAUAUUUAGACAUGAUGGCCAUCUGGACCCAAAGAAGAACGUUUGUCAUUCUUAUUGCUUUUCUAGGACAUUUGGGGACGAUACGAACACAAGAGGAGGACGAGUUUGAAGGGGACUUAGAAGAAGAAGAAAUUGCCUGCACUCAGAAUAACCAGGUGUAUCUGAAUAGGGACAUCUGGAAACCUUCGGAUUGCGAGAUUUGUGUGUGUGACAAUGGAGCCAUUCUGUGUGAUGCUAUUCAGUGUCUCGAAGUACUAGAAUGUGAAAACCCACGGGUCCCCCCUGGAGAGUGUUGUGCUACAUGCCCAAACACAGGCCGGACUGGAUUUGAAGGUUCUAUCGGUAGAGGACUAAAGGGUCAAAAAGGAGAACCUGGAGUAGUACCAGUGGUUACAGGUAUACGAGGACGGCCAGGACAAUCUGGACCUCCAGGUUCACAAGGACCAAGAGGAGCUCGAGGACCCAAAGGAAGACCGGGUGCCCGUGGUCCUCCAGGAAUAGAUGGGGAACCUGGUGUACCUGGACAACCUGGUGAUCCUGGACCUCCUGGACAACCAUCCACAGGGCCAGAUGGCAUAGGCAGACCAUUUACAUCUCAGCUGGCCGGACAAGAUGAUGCCUUUUCACAGAUGAUGAUGCCUGGUCCAGUGGGUCCUGUGGGUCCAAGGGGAUCUCCAGGUAAUCAUGGGAAACCAGGUCCUAUUGGACCCCCAGGUCCUCCAGGUGAAGUUGGUGACCCAGGAUCCAUGGGUUCACCUGGUGUUCGUGGCCCAGAAGGUCCUCCAGGAAAACCUGGUGAAGAUGGCGAACCUGGCAGACCAGGGCAACCUGGGGAAGUUGGAUUUCCAGGAUCUCCAGGAGCUCGAGGUUUUCCUGGUACACCAGGUCAUCAAGGUCUAAAGGGCCCCAGAGGAGAGAAAGGACUUGAUGGCCCUAAAGGUGAAAUUGGAGCCCAUGGAUCCAAGGGUGAAUCAGGCCCAUCAGGACAGAUGGGUGCAGCAGGUCCUAUGGGUCCCCGUGGGAUGGCAGGAGAAAGAGGCCGAAUUGGACCACAGGGCGUUCCAGGGGCUCGUGGUUCACAUGGCAUGCCUGGGAAACCAGGACCAGCGGGUCCUCUUGGUAUACCUGGUUCAUCAGGUUUUCCUGGCAUACCUGGCAUGAAGGGUGAAGCUGGUCCUACAGGUGCACGUGGUCCAGAAGGUCCUCAAGGACCAAGAGGAGAAACGGGUGCCCCAGGUCCCCCAGGAUUAUUUGGUCUUCCUGGUGCUUUAGGUACGGAUGGUUCCCCAGGAACAAAAGGGCCUUCAGGAUCUCCAGGAAUUUCAGGGCCACAUGGCUUACCAGGUCCACCUGGUUCUCCAGGACCACAAGGCAGCACAGGUCCUUCUGGCAUUCGAGGACAAAUGGGAGAUCCUGGUGUUCCAGGUUUCAAAGGAGAAGCUGGCCCCAAAGGAGAGCCAGGUCCCCAUGGCCCCCAAGGACCAAUUGGACCUGUUGGUGAAGAAGGGAAAAGAGGUCCUCGUGGUGAUCCAGGAUCAGUUGGUGUCCCUGGAUCUGUUGGAGAAAGGGGUCCUCCUGGUAACCGUGGCUUUCCGGGAUCUGAUGGUUUGCCAGGACCAAAGGGAGCUCAAGGGGAACGUGGUCCUGCGGGGGCUUCAGGCCCUAAAGGAAGCCAAGGGGAUCCUGGUCGCAUGGGUGAACCCGGUCUCCCAGGUGCCAGGGGUCUGACAGGGAAUCCAGGAGUCUCAGGUCCAGAAGGAAAACUUGGUCCUUUGGGUGCUCCAGGAGAAGAUGGUCGGCCAGGUCCUGCAGGUCCAAUUGGAAUUAGAGGCCAGCCAGGCAGCAUGGGUCUUCCUGGACCAAAAGGGAGCAGUGGGGAUCCUGGAAAACCCGGGGAAGCGGGAAAUGCUGGUGUCUCGGGGCAGAGGGGGGCACCUGGUAAAGAUGGUGAAGUUGGCCCCGCUGGUCCUGUUGGGCCCCAUGGACCAGCAGGAGACAGAGGAGAACAAGGUCCUCCAGGUCCCACAGGUUUUCAGGGUUUACCAGGUACCCCAGGCCCUCCAGGAGAAGGGGGAAAACCAGGUGAUCAGGGUGUUCCUGGUGAUCCCGGAGCGCCAGGCCCCUUAGGUCCAAGGGGAGAACGUGGCCAUCCAGGUGAAAGAGGAAACCCAGGAUCAUCUGGUCUUCAGGGGGAAAAGGGUAUGGCUGGAGGUCAAGGUCCUGAUGGUCCAAAGGGAAAUCCAGGCCCUUCAGGAGCAUCGGGAGAUCAGGGCCCUCCUGGUCUUCAGGGGAUGCCUGGAGAGAGAGGCCUAGCUGGAACACCUGGCCCCAAGGGUGAUCGGGGCAGCGUAGGAGAAAAAGGAGGCGAAGGCACCGCUGGCAAUGAUGGGGCCAGAGGACUCCCAGGUUCAUUAGGCCCAAAUGGCCCCGCAGGUCCGGCUGGUGAAAAGGGUGAACCUGGUCCUCGAGGUUUAGUUGGCCCUGCAGGCUCUCGUGGAAAUCCUGGUUCCCGUGGUGAAAAUGGCCCAACUGGUCCAGUUGGAUUUGCUGGCCCUCAGGGCCCUGAUGGUCAACCUGGUGUGAAAGGUGAACCUGGGGAGCCUGGGCAGAAAGGAGAUGCUGGAUCCCCAGGACCUCAAGGUCUUUCAGGUUCUCAUGGUCCACCAGGCCCUCCUGGGGUUCAUGGACUCAAAGGAGGCCGUGGUACAAAAGGACCCCCUGGUGCUACAGGUUUUCCUGGAUCUGCUGGAAGAGUUGGACCCCCGGGACCUACAGGAGCUCUUGGUCCCGUUGGGCCUCUUGGUGAACCAGGCAAAGAAGGUCCUCCAGGUGUUCGUGGAGAUCCUGGUUCUCAUGGCCGAGUAGGAGAUAGAGGCCCAGCAGGACCACCUGGCAGCCCUGGAGACAAAGGAGACUCAGGAGAAGAUGGGCAACAUGGUCCUGAUGGCCCCCCAGGUCCAUCUGGAACUACUGGGCAGAGAGGUAUUGUGGGAAUGCCCGGCCAGCGUGGAGAAAGGGGCAUGCCUGGCCUGCCAGGCUCUGCAGGAACUCCUGGAAAGCAAGGUCCAACUGGACCAACAGGAGACAAGGGCCCUUCUGGGCCAAUUGGUCCUCCAGGUGCUCCUGGACCAGUGGGAGAAGCAGGGCCAGAGGGUCCUGCUGGUAAUGAUGGCACUCCUGGGCGAGAUGGAGCUGUUGGUGAAAGGGGUGAUCGUGGUGAGCCUGGACCUGCAGGACUUCCUGGUUCUCAGGGUGUUUCAGGUACCCCAGGGCCAGUUGGAUCUCCCGGGGAUGCGGGACAAAGAGGUGAACCAGGUUCACGAGGCCCAGUAGGUCCUCCUGGCCGUGCUGGAAAACGAGGUUUGCCCGGUCCCCAAGGUCCACGUGGCGACAAAGGUGACAAUGGUGAUCGAGGGGACAGGGGACAGAAAGGGCAUCGAGGUUUCACUGGCCUGCAAGGUCUCCCUGGACCUCCUGGACCUACUGGUGAACAAGGCAAUGCUGGGAUUCCAGGCCCAUUUGGCCCAAGAGGUCCCCCAGGUCCUAUUGGACCUUCUGGUAAAGAAGGAAAUCCUGGACCACAUGGACCUGUUGGACCUCCUGGUGUAAGAGGAACUUUAGGAGAAGCAGGACCUGAGGGCCCUCCUGGUGAUCCUGGUCCUCCAGGCCCACCAGGUCCCCCUGGCCAUCUUACUGCUGCAAUUGGUGACAUUAUGGGACAUUAUGACGAUGGUCUACCAGACCCACUACCAGAGUUCACUGAAGAUGAAGCUGCUCCAGAUGACAGCAAUAAAACAGAUCCAGGAGUCCAUGCCACACUGAAGUCACUCAGUAGCCAGAUCGAAACCAUGCGCAGCCCUGAUGGAUCCAAGAAGCACCCAGCCCGUACUUGUGAAGAUUUAAGAUCAUGUCAUCCAUCCAAAAAGAGUGGAGAAUAUUGGAUUGACCCUAAUCAGGGCUGUGUAGAAGAUGCAAUCAAAGCAUUCUGCAAUAUGGAAACAGGAGAAACAUGUAUAGCUGCAAAACCAGCUAUCAUUCCACGUAAAACAUGGUGGACAAGUAGGUCAUCUGAUCUAAAACCAAUAUGGUAUGGACUUGAUAUGAACAGAGGUUCACAGUUUGUUUAUGGCGAUAAUCAAUCACCCAACACGGUGAUUACGCAAAUGACUUUCCUGCGCUUACUCUCCAAAGAGGCCUCUCAGAAUAUUACCUAUCAUUGCAAAAACAGUAUAGGUUACAUGGAUGACCAAGCUAAGAACCUGAAGAAGGCUGUGGUGCUGAAGGGAGCCAAUGACCAUGAUAUCCGAGCUGAAGGAAACAACCGUUUUAGAUACACUGUCAUUUCUGACACUUGCUCUAAACACAAUGGGAAUGUGGGCAGCACAAUCUUCGAAUACAAAACACAGAAUGUGGCACGGUUACCUAUCAUUGAUAUUGCCCUAGUAGAUGUUGGAGGUGCAGACCAAGAAUUUGGAGUAGAGAUUGGACCAGUUUGUUUUGUGUAAAAAAGUAAAGAAGCAAAUAAGUAAAUACUUAAAUAAAUAAAUAAAUGGGCUUAUCUUUUCAAAAGCAUUGGGGAUGACAGCAGCAGCAACAGAACGCAAGAACUUAGACUGAGUGAAGUUAAUCCUGAGACUCUUGAAAUUACGGCUGAUAUUACAAUCAGCAUUGUAUAUAACAGUUCCUUCUAACUCCUUGGCCUUCUUUAGUGUAUUUAUUUUACUUACCAAUCUUCAGUCUCACUGUCUAAGUCAACAUUUUAAUGAAGUAAAUCCUAUUUUAAAAUGACAAGUGACCACACCUGUAUCUAAAAUAAUUCAAAACUAAUCUUUGUUUCCUAAUUAGAAAAGGUAAUCAUGAUUUCUGGAGAUUCUGCUCAACUUUAAAAAGUGUAAUUCAUAUAAUAGAAGUAUGCUGAACAGCAAUAGGAAAUAAGUAAAAGAUUCAGAUGUUCACCAUAUCAAAAUUACCAGUCCAUUAAUGCAGCGCCAUAGGGUACCUCCACAGUCAGUCAUGGCCCUGUGUUCAAAAUGUUGUGGUAUCUGUUUGAAUCCAUACUGUUCUGUUUGUCAACUGAGCCACUUUGUUUAUAGCUCAGCAGUUGUGAAUUUCAAAUCAUAGUUGAAACAAUUUCCCUUUUGAUAUGCCGAGGUUUUGAAGAGUGGCUUCCCUUUGGUGGCAUCACCCCAGCUCUGAACUCAUCCAGUCUUUUCCAAUAGAGGUUCAGCCACUGUGACAUCUUAACAAAACAUUAUUAUCUUACUUUAAAAUACAACAGAGGGACAAUGCACAGCUCUUCCCCAAGAAACCAUUAUGAUAUGGAGAAAUGCAGACAACAUGACAUUCAGAAGUGUUGGAGCAUUGUUUGAAUAUCCUAUUUUGCUGCCUGAUCAAAUAGACAGUACAGAGACUAGCUCAGGAAUAGCUCAUGGUUUCAAGACCAGAAGUGGUGAGAAGGAUUCAUGGGUCAGCUUCAAAUAGAUUAUUGAGAACUUGGAAAUGAAAAUGGUGGCAAAAAUCCAUAGAUUGCAACAACAAAGUGAUCUUCGUACUGUCUUUUUAGAAGGAAAUCCUACUGAGUUCAGUGAUCUUUGUUCCUGGAUAAGUAGAUAUAUGUUUGCCAGGCAGUAGAUGCUAGAAGAUGGCUACAUUCUUCAGGAAGAUCAUUAUUCAUAUAAUUGAAACCACUGGCUAAAAGUGUAUUCUGCAAUCAGUCAUAGCAGAUAAUGAAAGUGAAUCAGUCUUCCUCAACAUGAUGCACUCCAAUUGUGUUGGAUGUUAAAUCCUUUAAUUCAGUAAUCAGCAUUGGUGAUCAUGGAAACUAAACAUCUGGACAAAAGUUUGGAAAAAAAUUGAAGAAGACAAUAUUUAUGUUUUUAAUGUUUUAAUUAUAAGGUUCCCAGAGCUCAGAGUAUGUUAUCUCACUCAAUAAAUUUAUAAUCCCCCAAAAUUAUUUUCCAAAAUAAGUUUCAGAGACAACACUUAAAUAUUUUGUUUGUGGAAAGGAUUAGUUGUUGACUUAAUGAGCAGAAAACCUUUAGUGAACAAUUAUUUCUUGAAAGUAAUAAUCUGUAGAGUAUUACAUUUUGUAUGUGGUCAAAAAUGAAAUUUCUAAAUGACUUCAGGUAACAUCAGAAUUCCCCUAAUGUAGCCUUUCUCUAUCUGAGCAUCUUCUAAGUAAAUUUGGUUCCACUCUGAGAAUUCCCAAGCCAACAGGGUCAUUAUUAAGAAUUUUGAUAGUUGGAGUGGACAUAACGUAGAGAUCAUGGAAGGCUGCUACAAUUUCUUCAAGUGUAUUGUCCAAUUAUGUGUGUGUAUCAUUUAUUCCCAUGUAUUAAUCCCAAAUCAGGUAUUAACAUAAAUAUUAGAGUUUUACUGUGGCUGAAAGAAAUGUUUCAUUCAAUAACUGGUCAUGCAUUAUCAGAAAUUGUGACAUUGCAUGUCUUGAUUUAUUAGGACAAACCAAUGGUCCAUCAUUUCUUAGCAUGAGCUACCUCAUCUCUAGAAGCUGGGAUGCAUUUAAUAAUCUAGUGUUAAUUCUAGAUACAACAAGGUGCUAUGCUUCUGUUAUAAUUCCAAGUAUGGAGAUACACAGGGCAACAUAAUAAUGAAGUAAUAAUUAAAAUGUUUUCUUUAUGAAAAAGGGAAUGGUGCUACAACAGUUUCUGUACAAUCCUGGAAAAAUAAAUUUAUUGUCAUCAACCUUUUCUUUUUUUAAUAGAAUUUAAUUACUAUAUUUUGGUGUCUGGGAAAAAUUCUUAUACAUUGCGUUUUUCCUCUUAUGGUUUUAUGAUCUACAGAACGGGGUGUUCAUCACUGCAUUUUUCUUUCCACGGAGCAUGUGGCUACAAGACUAGUUCUUCAGUUGGCUUCUUUGUUGAAGACCUAUGUUCUGUUUCUUGAUUGUUUGCUUGUUUUUCUAAAUAAACACAUGCACACACACACAAACACACACAAAAGAAAAGCCAUACGCAUAGCUUUAUUCAUGUAUCUUUGCAAAGCAUUUAAUUAAAUACAAGUUUCAUGUUGAGUAAUGGCUUCCUUUGUGUAUAGUCCUUCUGACAAUUUAAUCUAUUUCUAGGGAAAGGCAACAGGAUUCUGUGUGUGUGGACUGUGCAUGGUAGAGUGUGUGUUUGCUAUGUCAUCUGUAAAUUCAAAAUGUAGCACCCAAAGCACUUAAUAAAUUAAAUAUUAAAGGGAAUCUUGAGUGACAAGUGUUUGUGGU